AUGGCGAUGUUAUUACCCAGACCAUCGACAUGCGGUACGCGACCUGCCUACCUCGACAAUCUUUUCAGAGACGCACCACCGGUCCCGGCCCUCAGCCCCAGCGUCCACUCAUCGACCAGUAGCAUCUCAUCGGGCAGCAUGUCACCAUCAGAGAUACGAAUGACCAGACCGCUGCCACCACCAUUGCCACCAUCAAUGGAGGAACCGUCAGACGAUGUCAGGUCGCUACGAUCGUUCAAAGUCAACUUUGGAUCACGCUUCAACGUGCGCAGCGUCUUCAAGCGCCGGACAUAUCCCGAGGCGACAGAGAUCAGCAGACCUCCAUCCCCAGCUUCCAUCCAUUCACAGGAACAACCUGCGUUACGAAGGCCUUCGUUGCCGAAGCUGCAGACGGCCUUCCCGUCACCAGGCCGCAAACUCGGGCUGGCACAAGACAAACCAUUACCGAGGGCACCGUCACAAGUCUCCCUCAAAUCACAAGAGCUUAGCUGUCAUCGCUGUUAUUACUUCGCCGCACGCAACUGCAACGGUUUCGUGAUGGGAGGAAAGCAUGGUGAUGCAUGCGAGCAGUGCUUGCGAGCCGGCUUCUUUGGCGCACCUUAA